CACGCGCACAGCCAUUGAUGGCAAUCACCUGCACGAGCCACGAUGCAUUCGAGCUGAUUACAAUUAGUGUACCAUUACCAUUCGUGAAUCACUCGUGAUGGCGGCUACGUUGACGAAUGCAGAUAUUGCAUCAUCGAAGUCGUCCACGACUAAGACCGUACAUAACGAAAGGGACUAUGGCGGCAGUCCAGGGACUCAGAUGUUCUCGACAUCGACCCUGGAGUCCUUACGGCGACCACUGGGCUUUGAGCCCGGGUUCUCAACAAACACGACUGCUUUUCCCUCAAGAACCAGAAACUGGGAGGACGUCUCCGAAGGUGGCGAAGGAGGCGAGCUCAAAAGCGUGUCGAGCGCCAUCCAACUUACGGGCAGCGUGGCUGGCAUCAAUGGAUCCCACUGCAGCAAACGUACCAAGAGACUCCUGUUCCUUGCGUUAUGGAUGCUCGUGCACAUAUAUCUAGCCGUUGCUGCGUGGAAUUCUUGGAGCAUGUCUGAGAGCUGGUGCCACGGCGUCAAGUCCCUGCUGCUCAUUGUACUGCUGCUGCACAUCUGCACGGCUGACAUCGUGCUCAGGUCGCUCGGCGUGUGGACAUCUGUGCGACGCAUAAAAGAAUAUAUGUACCAUUCACUGGCCGACGUUUGCACCUCGUGUUUCUGUACGCCGUUCCUGGUGAAGGGGCUGGUCUACGGCAUUAGCUACAGUGUCCUCGUCGGCUUCCUCGCGUACGACAGUGCGCCGGAACUGGAUGGCCUGGUCAGUUUCUGUGGCCUCGUUCUCUUCGUUUGCCUCAGCUGCCUGUUCUCCAAGAGUCCCAACCAUAUACCGUGGGACAGCGUACUUUCCGGUGUGCUCUUUCAGUACCUACUGGGACUUGUUCUGUUGCGAUCAGAUUUUGGACGCCGCCUUGUGCAAUGUGUGGGCGACCUAGCCCUGCACUUGACGGAUUUCUCAGAAUAUGGCGCACGAUUCGUCUUUGGGUAUCUCGUCGACGGGCAGCUCGCCGGGGUCAAGCAGAAGCAGCCCGGCAUCUUUGUCUUUACGAUGUUACCCAACGUAAUAUUCUUCGGGUUCCUGAUCAACGUCCUGUUCUACUACGGCGUGGCGCAAUGGACGAUUGUCAAAGUGGGCUGGUUGAUGCACCAUAUUAUUGGAACAACUGCUGGCGAAUCCACAGCUGCCAUUGCCAACAUCUUUCUUGGAACGGGAGAAGCCACCCUACUGAUCCGUCCGUACAUAAGUCGCAUGACAAUCUCCGAGCUGCACUGUACCAUGACGGUUGGCAUCGCUUCCAUGUCAGCAGGACUCUUCAACGCAUUCUCCCGCCAACAGACGGAUCCACUCCAUAUUAUGGCUUCGUCAAUCCUCUCAGCACCAGCCGGCCUGGUGGCAGCGAAGCUCUGGUACCCCGAGACUCAGGUGUCCGUAACGCACUACGGCGAUAUAGAUACAUUUAAAAGCCCAGAAAGCAGCGCUUUAGAAGCGGCCGCCGUUGGAAUUACCUCUGUGCUGUCCAUGUUGCCGAUAAUAGCAGCCACUCUGAUUGUCUUCAUGAGCUUUAUCGCUUUCGCCGAUGAUGCUAUUCAGCACUUGGGUAACCUUGUUGGCCUGCACAGUUUCAACAUUAAGGAAUUGGUAGCCACAAUUUUCUUUCCCGGAGUUUUAUUCCUGGUCAUCGACAGGGGCGAAGCACGUCGACUUUCGAGCAUUCUCUCUGCCCAAGCCAUCGAGAACGAACUCCAUGGCUUCGCCAGGUUUCAUGACGAAAGCGCGAACGCUGGGCUCACUAUGCGAACGCGAACAGUGGCGACGUACGUUCUCUGCGGCUUCAGUAACCUUAGCACCAUCGGAAUCCAGUUGGGAGCACUGGGAGCCGUCGCGCCGUCUCGCAUUGCUGACCUGUCAGUGGUUGUCUUGAGAGCUUCAGUCGCAGGAUUUGUGGCUUGCUUCUUUACAGCUUGCGUUGCAGGUUCCUUGAUCACGUCCAAGGCCAACCCGACGUUGACAAGUUUCAACGCUACAGACUUCUUGUGAGCUCUCGUCGUCAAGAGGACGGAAGCGCCCAAUGCACAUUAACCUAGCUGUUGCAAUAAUACAUGCGUUAUCACGAAUCACGUAUCAUCAAUAAAUGGGAUAAUUUUUUCCCGGCGUA